AGUUUGCUUCAAGUGUUCACAGCGAGCGGUUUUCAAAUCGAAAGUAUUACUUUGUCAUUAUUAAUACAAUUGUUUUGAAAUUAAUUGUGUAGACUGUGAUAUGUAUUGGUAAAAAUGACGUCAAGAGGAAAAAAACUAGUGUCGUUAGUGGUUAGUAAUAAUGAUUUUACUACCGAAAAUAUACAAUCUAAUAUUAACGCCAGGGAUGUAGAAAUUCAAGAAACCCUGUCAAUAUUUAACAACGAUGAGAAUAUUAUGAUGAGUGGUAUAGAGCUACAUCAAACUUUGACUGAUGGGGAACAAUCAGAUGAUUCAACUGAAAAGGAAUUAGAGAGCUUUUUCGGUGACGUUUCUGAUACAGAUGACCCAACUUACCACCCCCAGGACUACUCACCACAUAUGGGACACGUAGACUCCGCUGAUUUAGUAACAUUAGAUGAUUUACUAGGUAGAAGAGACAACGAAACAAGGGAACAGUUUGAAGUCGAAGAGUUGCAAAACAUUAUUGAAGCUGUCCAGGAAGGUGAAAAACAAAAUAGCGAAGCUACUGCCGUAGUUGAAGAUUUUUUGACUGAUCUUCUUAAAAAGACUUGGCUACUCUUAAAACCAACAAAACGGUGGCGCAAAUCUGAUCCCAGUUGUUGGGCUCGUAAUGUAGCAAAAAAAAGACGAGCAGAUGGUUUGUCUUAUAGAACUAAAUCGAAAGUGAGACCUGCCAAAGUGCCUAAAGAUAUUGAUUGCUGCAAAUGUCAAUUCAAAUGUACUGAUAUUUUUACAGCAAAAAAUAGAGAGGAAAUCUGUAGAUAUUUUUGGAAUUUGGAUUUCCAGGGCAAAAAAAAAAUUUAUUUUAGUCAAUAUACAAAUACAACUUCCAAAACGAAUCCUGGCUGCCCACAAUAGACACCGCACAGAAAAGACAUAUACUAAAAAAUGUUUUUUUACCAAAGAAAAUGAGAAAAAACAGGUAUGUCAAAAGUUUUUUUGUAAUACUUUGAGUAUCUUACCUUCUGUAAUAACUGAUGCAAUAAAAAAACGAAAUGACAUGAACUGUUUUGAUGCAUGUGAUGCAAGAGGUGGACACACACCUGCUAACAAAACAAAACCUGAUAUUAUUCAUGGAGUAAGGAACCAUAUUGAAUCGUUUCCUUGUAUGGAAGCCCAUUACAGUAGAAAAGACACUCAACGCAGAUACUUAGAUAAAAAUCUUAACAUACGAAAGAUGCAUUUAUUGUACAAAGAUGAGUGUUUAAAAAACGAGGUUGAGCCGGCGUCUGAAAUAACUUAUAGACGAAUAUUUUCCAACGAAUAUAACCUGAGCUUCUUUAUACCUCGAAAAGAUCAAUGCCUAAUUUGCACUAAUUAUGCCCAGGCUGAUAC